GUUUUCCACCGGGUUCGCCUACUACAGUUUGGCGAUGGGCGUGGAAGAUUUUGGAGUCAACCUCUACCUCCUCCAGGUCAUCUUUGGGGGGGUGGACAUCCCAGCCAAGUUCGUCACCAUCCUCUCCAUGAGCUACCUGGGCCGGCACACCACGGAGGUCAUCGCUCUGCUCCUGGCAGGGGCGUCCAUCCUGGCCCUCAUCUUCGUGCCCUCGGACCUGCAGGCCCUGAGGACAGGGCUGGCUGUGUUCGGGAAGGGGUGCCUGUCCAGCUCCUUCAGCUGCCUCUUCCUCUACACCAGCGAGCUGUACCCCACCGUCAUCCGGCAAACAGGCAUGGGCGUGAGCAACAUGCUGACCCGCGUGGGGAGCAUGACGGCCCCGCUGGUGAGAAUCACGGGGGAGCUGCACCCCUUCGUCCCCAAUCUCAUUUUUGGGGCCACCGCCCUCCUGGGAGGCGGUGCUUCCCUCUUCCUGCCGGAGACCCUCCAUCAGCCCCUGCCCGAGACCAUCGAGGACGUGGAGAAACGGUCUCCACCGGCAAAGGAGCCCAAGCCGGAGCCAGAAGCCGAAAAAGACCCCCACAGGAUCCCCCUGCAGCCUUGCGGACCGGACCUGGGCCCCAGCUGA